UAGAACUUCAUGUGAAGUUGAUCAACCUCAACUUCUGAAUGAUUUUUGCACUUUUUAAUGAUCAGAAUCUUUUAUUUUAACAAUCUGUAAUUUAAAAUAUACCCAAGUAGUCUUUAGGAGAGCGUCAUGAUUAGCAAUACAGGAUUUUUUAGGCUUUUCUUCAUUCAAACUGUAAUUGUCGUAUUUAUGUUAUCCUUUGUUAAGUCACCUGUGAAUUGCCUGGAUUCCCAAGAGGAAGAAACAAAGUCACUCUACAAAGAUCCUACAGUUAAAGAUACUCAAGAUACUUGCAAAGAUCGUAAAGACUGCAAGUAUAAUCAGCCACGUUGCUGGGGAUACGAAGUCGAUUGUCCCAAGUGGUAUGUCACACCUAAAUGCAACAACGAGGCAGGAUACAGACAUUUUUCAUCACAUGAAGAAAAGGUUAAAGAGUUUUGGAAAAUUGCUGACUUUGGUUACRUUAAAGAAUUUCAAGAUAGUAUGCGUCCUGUAUGCAGACCAAGAACAAAAAUUGGUGGCUCAUCCCUUUUGUGUUCAAAGCAUCUUGCUUAUUGUAAAGCUGAAAAUCUUUAUAUUGAUUUAAGAGACGAUGGUAGAGGAAAGCAUGAAAGAUUCAAGUCAAAUAUGUUCAAGAAAGGGCAAAUUGGAGGAUUUUGUGAUGUUGAUUCGCAAGCAAUGAAAUCACUUUAUGAGGGGUACAGGAUGGAGCUGACUUCCUGGUAUGAUCAACUUGAGACGUUUUCCUCCAUUCCAUUUAACUUUAUCAAAGGUGGACACUGUGACGUCAUUGUAGAAAAACCAACWUUUUUCAUGAAGUUAGAUGCAGUUGUAAAUAUGUAUCAUCACUUUUGUGACUUCUUCAAUCUUUAUGCCACGUUACAUGUCAACGGAUCAUUCAGUGAUGAUGUUAAUAUUGUUUUAUGGGAAAGUGAUGCCAGAUAUAGUCUAGGAAAUUUUGAGGUGACAUGGAAGGCUUUUACCAAGAAUCCAUUACUAUAUUUAGGACAACAGUAUGCUGGCAAAAGGGUCUGUUUCAAGCAGGCARUAUUURCACUUCUUCCAAGGAUGAUAUUUGGCCUCUUUUACAAUACGCCAUUGAUACCAGGCUGUUCAAAUAGUGGACUAUUUAAAGCUUUUUCAGAAUAUGUACUUGGAAAACUUAACAUAAGCCAAGAACGAGAUAUCAAAAAAGAUGCUGAUAAACCUGUCCGAGUUACAUUUCUAUCAAGAGGGACCAAGUUCAGAGCAAUUUUGAAUGAAGACAAGCUUGUAGAAGCUGCAAAGACAGUCCAAGGUGUAACUGUCCAGACAGCAACAUAUUCUUGGGAUAUGCCAUUUUUAGAGCAGCUCAAGAUAACUAUGAAUUCAGAUUUAUUUAUUGGAAUGCAUGGUGCUGGUUUGGCUCAUGCUCUCUUUCUUCCUGAYUGGGCUCUUCUAUUUGAACUAUACAAUUGUGGCGAUCCAAACUGCUACAGAGAUCUUGCAAUGCUUAGAGGUUUGAAGUAUAUUACCUGGGAAAAAGAAACCAAAGUGUUUGAAAGAACAAAGGAACUCCAUCCAGAGUAUACCGACCAUCCAAAGUUUAGAAAUUAUGAGUUUGACGUUGAUGAAUUUUUACGACUGUUCAAGAAAGCUGUUAAUCAAGUUCAARAAAAUAUGUCCAAUUUAUCAAAAACAACAAUCAGAUAACAAAAAAAUUAUUCACUUUUAAGUAAGCAUUUUUUUAAUAUUUCAUUUUAUUGUAUAUACCUUGUAUUUAUUCCUCAAAAUGACACCAAUAAAUUUUGGGCUGACGUGAAAAAAGA